CCCCGUCGACCAACGGGGUAGAUGGCACAGAUUAAGUAUCAACCAUCCCGGUGUGUGUUUUGAACGGGGCGGAUAGCACAGAGUGAGUAGCAUACGGCCCGGUAGUGUGAAGUAGGAAGAGUUAAAUAAAAAAGGUUUGUAAGGUACAAUCAGUUUUUAUUUUUGACACAAAAACGUUAUACAUACAAAAAUCUAUAAAACAUUAUCUUUAAAAACUCACAGCUAGAUAUGUUUUAGCAAACGACAUUUACUCACACUAUCUCCUUACAUCGAUUACUCUUUAUGACUAACAUAGCAAAUAACAAUAGGGCUCAAAAAUUCUUGGAAACAGCAUCGAACAAUAGAACAAACUACCCUUAUCUACGAGUAUAGUGCAACCAACCAAUAGGAAGCGCAUCACAAACGCAUUGUCCUGUGACAUCAGUCGCUCUAAAGCGGUCACAGUUGUGUGUGGUGUCGCAUGUCGGUGUUGUUUUAUAUUGUGAGGGUACAUAACUAGGUAAGUGAAGUGACUUAAUAUUGCUAUUUGACUAUGUAUUUCUAUUAUUAGUAAAUGUUAAUGAUUCUCAACAAUAAUUAAAUUAAUUAUUUUAGAUUUCAUAACAAAAUAUGGAAGAAGAAUUCCCAAGUUGCUCUAUUGGCCAAUCAGCUAUUACACAUGUAAAAAGAAACGGUGGCACUGUUCUUUUACGUGGAGGACACCAAUAUGUAUUAAAGGAAAAAUAUAAAAAUGGAACCGCAGCAUGGGAAUGUAUUAACAGAAAAAAACAGAAAUGUGGUGGCAAAAUAACUGUUAAGGACAAUCAAAUUGUAACAGAGAAGAGACAUGAAUGUCAACCGGAUUUCAUUAAAAACGAAAUUGAUGAGGCUUUAUUUAAAUGCAAACAAGAUGUAUCGUCACCUGAAUUCCCAACUGUUACCUCAGUCUAUAAUGCUGCAGUUGCAUCCUACAAAAACUCUGGCUUUGAUUUGAUACAGAAAAUUCCACCUUUAAAAAGUGUAAAAAGUACAUUAUACCGAGCGAGAAAUGCCUCAAAGGGAAUGAAAAAAAUUAAAUACACGAAUUUGGCAGAAGUGGAGAUACCGUCAACAUGCAUGGAUUUUUUAUUAGCCGAUUAUUCAUAUGAUGAACAACGUAUUUUAGUAUUUUCUUCUCAAAGAAGCAGAGCAGUCAUAUCUCAGGGUAAACAUUUUAUGGGUGACGGAACAUUCAAAAGCUGCCCAACUCCAUUUCUGCAGCUCUACACAAUACAUUGCGACAUUGGUAGCACCGACAAAUCAACUAAUAUUAUUCCAGUUGCUUAUGCAUUACUCAGCAGCAAAGAUACUGAUACAUAUGAAAAACUGUUUUAUAUAAUUAAAUCUCAAAUACCAGACUGGAAUCCGAUUACAUUCAAAACAGAUUUUGAAAUGGCAGCCAUGAAUGCUAUUAUAUCAGUGUUUCCAAAUGUUAUAAGAAAAGGCUGUUAUUUUCAUUUUUCCAAAGCCGUAUGGAAGAAAGGCAAAGAUUUAGGACUAACUAAAUCUAAAAUAACCCGCAGGCAAGUUGCACUCUGUGCCGUACUCCCAUACUUGCCACAAGACCAAAUUUUUAAUGGCUGGUUCUACAUAGCUGCGCACAGCCCAGACGAUAAAAAAAGCAAGAUUUUUCGUAAAUAUAUGGUUACUCAGUGGCUUCGCGAUGAUUUUAUACCCCUAUGGUGUGUAUUUGGGGAGCGUCAUAGGACUACCAAUAAUCUUGAGUCUUGGCACAACAAACUUAACAAGCUUAUCAAAAAGAAACAACCGAAUAUAGUGGAAUUAAUUAAAGCACUGCAAAGCGACGCCUCUUAUUACGAAGUUAUAUCACAACAAGAUCGAAAUGUAUGUAAUCGUUUGAAGCAGUCUAUACAUUGGGAUAAUUUUAUCCUCGAAAAAACUUUAGAAUUUAUAGAUGGACAAAUAACAAUAGGUCAUCUUCUGGAAAUGCUACGAUAAUUAGAAGUGAUGAAACUUAUCUGUGAUUAAGAUUAAUAAAUCAAAACAAUUAUUUAUUAUAAUAAUUGUUUUGAUAAUUAAUGAUAAGAUUAAUAAAUCAAAAUAAUUAAGCAAUUAGCAUUUAGUGAAACUGAAUCUUAUCUGUGAUUAUAGUACUAGUAAGUUAAAAGCAAUUAUUUAUAGUAUAACUAAAAAAUAAGGUAGCAUUAAGUAAAACCGAAACACUACUA